GGCAGCGCGCGGCGGUGAGUGAGAAUAUUUUGCCUUGAGGGGCUCUUGAAGAAAUCCUGGUGAAACUAUGGACGCUGAUGAUGACUUAGAUCUGUUGGCUUCCCUUCUGGAAGAAAACGAAGCAGCUGAGGAGAGGAAUUCUCCUGAGGAGGAAGUUGCUCCAGAGGAUGACGGUGGAGAACCGGAUGAAUAUGAUGAGCUCUUUGAUGCAGAAGAUGAUGCAUCUUACACCGAGGAGGUUGAUGCUGAGGACAGCAUGACAGAUGAGCAGAAGGAGAACCUGGCUACACUGUUUGGAGAUGUAGAUGACCUGCUAGAAGAGGAGGAGGCAGAGGAAGCUGUCCCCACUUCGGCUCCCAGUCAGGCAAAGGAGAAAACCAAUGAAGAACUGCAAGCUGAGCUGAAGAAAUUGCAAGAACAGAUGAAGACGUUACAGGAGCAGUUGCAGAAGACUGCUCUUGGGCAGCAAUCCAGUUCAGGCCCUGAGAAGAAAACCCUUGGUAAAUCUCCCUGUCCACCCUUAAAGGAAAGGAAAGUUCAGAAGCUGCAGGAGUCACCAUGCUUCUUGGCCCAGUUGGGCAAUCCUUUACCACCAGCCAAGCGAGGAAUGCAGAAACCAAAAGCAUCCUCAGCAGAGAACAAGAUUCCUCCUCCACGGCAAGUCCUCAGUCUGGCGUUCCAGCCUCUCAAGUCUGCUGUAGGGAACACACCCAGUAAGGUGACCAGAGAGAAGACUUCUCAUGUGCCUGCAUGCUCCAGUGCAACCACGCAGCCAGUGUCUGUGGAAGCCUUCUCAGGACUGAGAUUAAGAAAACCGCGGGUGUCUUCAGCCGAAAUGGACAGGAAAAUGGCUAACAGGAAGCUCAUCCGACUGUCUCAGCUGAAGAACAGACUUGCUACUGAAAAUCUGGAGGAAAUAGACUGGGUAACAUUUGGAGUCAUUGUGAGGAAGGUCACUCCUCAGAGUGCAAAUAAUGGCAGGACCUUCAGUAUCUGGCGGCUGAAUGACCUGAGGGACCUCAAUGAGUAUGUCUCGCUCUUCCUGUUUGGUGAAGUCCACAAGGAGCACUGGAAGACUGACCAAGGCACAGUCAUUGGCCUGCUCAAUGCCAACCCUAUGAAACCUAAAGAAGGCUCAGACGAGGUGUGUUUGUCCAUUGACCAUCCCCAGAAGAUCCUUCUCAUGGGAGAAGCUCUGGAUAUGGGCACCUGCAAAGCCAGAAAGAAGAAUGGUGAUCCUUGUGCACAGAUUGUGAACUUGAAUGACUGUGAAUAUUGUCAGUAUCACAUACAGUCCCAGUACAAGAAGCUCAGCUCGAAGCGGGCAGAUCUGCAGUCCACAUUUUCUGGUGGCCGCAUUCCCAAAAGAGCUGGUCGGAAAAAUCCCACUUUGAAGGAGAGGCUGUGUCAGGAUGGGUUUUACUAUGGUGGAGUCUCUUCAGCAGCAUAUGCAGCCUCAGUUGCAGCAGCUGCUGUGCCGAAAAGGAAGAUUCAAACCACUCUCUCCAACCUGGUCGUGAGAGGAUCUGAUGCAAUUGUCCAGGAAACCAGGCAGAAAAUUGGUACCCAAUUACCCAAGUAACCCAUGCAGUGUUCUGAAGAAUUCAGGGAACUGCUGGCACAGCCAACUUUUGGAGCACGAAAUCUCUGCAAACACUGGACCAAAACAGGUAUUGUCCUUUUGCUUGAAGGAAAACCCGCUCCUGAAAUAAAGUCUAUCUCUGCUUCAGCACUUCUCAAGCAACAGAAACAGAAAUUGCUGGAGGCCAGAAAAAAGCGAUCUGAAGAGAUUCAGAGGCGGUUUCUCCAGAACACAGGUAAAGCCAGCACUCCUGCUCUCCCAUCCUCCAGACAGACCUCCCUCCAUUCCCCAGUGCCUGGGGCAGAGUUUCCCAAAGCUGCAAAAAUGUCAGCUCCUCAAAGGCCCAGGCUAGGUACAGGCUUCUCAGAAGGAGAAGAUAUCCUCUUCUUUGACAAGUCUCCACCUCCAAGGCCAAAGCUAGACAGCUUGGCAGAAGCCAAAAAGCUGGCUGCAAUACAACGACUACGAGCAAAAGGCCAGAUUCUUCCUAAAACAGACCCAAACAGUGUCAAGAGGAAACGGGCUGAUGUUGAGGAUGUCCUAGAAAUUGUUGAAAGAGUUGAGAAAAACGUUGCUCAGCCACAAGAAAUGGAUGAGCUGGAACCUGCUCAAAAGAAACAGUGUGAGCAGCUGGCCUAUCUGGAAUCAGAAGAGUUCCAGAAAAUCCUGAAGGCCAAGUCCAAGCACACAGAUGUCCUAAAAGAGGCUGAGGCUGAACUGCAGGAGCAAUACUUUCAGCCACUGGUGAAAAAGGAAGAACUAGAAGAGAAGAUGAGGAACAUUAAAGCAGUGAAAUGCCGAGUUGUAACAUGUAAAACGUGUAAUUACACCUAUUUCAAGCCUCUGGAGACCUGCGUGCAAGAUAACCACAACUACCUCUGGCAUGAUGCCAUCAAGAGAUUUUUCAAAUGUCCUUGUGGAAGCAGAGCUAUUUCUCUUGACAGGCUUCCAAAAAAGCCCUGCAGUAACUGUGGCCUCUUCAAGUGGGAGCGAGAUGGGAUGCUAAAGGAGAAAAAAGGUCCGAAGAUUGGUGGAGAAACACUUUUACCAAGAGGAGAAGAACAACCAAAAUUUCUCAAUAGUCUUAAGUGACCUGGAGUUGAUUUUUUUCACAACAUAUGGAUGGAUUUUUGUGUCUGAAACACACAUUUAUACUGGACUGCUAAGAGGAUUCAUGUUUUAGUGAUGAAUCAGCUGGGGAAACAAUUUUUGAUGAAAAUACCAUCUGCCAAGUGUUCACAGGCCGCUGCAUGGAUAGUGAACUUUGAUAUUUUUUUAAUUGACUAAGACUGUAUGUGAAA